AUGUCUCUCUACAGCUUCACCGCCACCUGGCAGAAAGGAGCAUCACACUGCAUCCCGGACGCCCUGUCACGCGCACCUGUCUGUGAUCCCGCUCCGGGAGACGAGGCCGCCGAGGUGACGGACGCGCUGCACGACGCCGUGGUCGCCGCCCUCACUGCGACCUCCGAGGACGGCAUCUUGGUCGCCCCGCUGCAAGACCGGACUUUGGACUCAGUCCGGGCAGCGGCCGCCCGUGACCCGGAGUACCGCGAGCUCCGUGACGUCAUCUUUACAGGAUUUCCCGAGCACCGGCACGAACUGUCACCAGCGCUGCGGCCGUACUGGGGAGUCCGCUCCAUGCUUGCAGUGGACGACGGCCUCAUCGUCUACGGCGCGAGACUGGUAAUCCCGUCCAGCCUGCGCCGUGACGUUCUCCACCGGCUCCAUGAUGCUCAUCAAGGAAUGGAGAAGACCAAACGCCGCGCGCGUCUCUCCGUCUACUGGCCGGGGAUAGACAGAGAUAUCUGUAACACCGUCUCGGCAUGCCAGAGCUGCCGACAACUCGCCGCCAGUCACCAGAACGAGCCGCUAUGGCGAGAUGAAGCCCGGCCGACCCGCGCGUUCGAGUCCGUGUCGGCAGACUACUUUCACGUUGCGGGCCGGACCUACCUCGUCUACGUCGACAGGCUGUCGGGGUGGCCGUACGUGACGGUCUGCCCUCGGACAGCUUCGGCUGAUCACCUGGUGACACAGCUGAGACAGCUCUUCUCCCAGACUGGCGUGCCAGCUGUACUGCGAACGGACGGAGGUCCGCAGUUCGCCUCCUCGACGCUUCGCAGAUUCUUGGAUCGGUGGGGAGUGCUUCACGAGAUGUCAUCUCCUCAUUACGCCCGAUCCAACGGUCACGCCGAGGCCACCGUCAAAACCGUGAAGAAAAUCGUCGUGGCUGCGUCGGCGAGCGGACGGCUGGAUGACGACCUGCUCGAUCGCGGCCUGCUAGAGCUGCGAAACACACCACGGGCAGACGGCAGGUCACCAGCUCAAAUCCUGUUCGGCCACCCGCUGAGGUCCGGCGUGCCCACUCAUCAUCGGGCGUUCGCGCCCGAAUGGCAGCGUGCCGCCGACGCGUGCGACGCCAGAGCCACCGCUCUUCGACAUGACGUCCGGUGCUACCACGAUGCUACCGCGCGCCCGCUCUCAGGGCUGCGCGUCGGCAGUCACGUGGACGUGCAGAAUGCCGAGAGCGGUCGCUGGGACCGCACAGGCGUGAUCGUCGGCCGGGCCGGGCGGCGGGCGGCGCGAGCGGGCAGUGUGGAGCGAGACGAGCUCGAGUGCGGGUGCGGUGCGCGCUGA